AUGGAUUUCAUGCCACCCAUAAGAAGUCGAGGCAUGAUGGCUCCCUCCAGCUCUGAACCUCUUCUGGGCCGUCACAGUAGCUGCUCAAGGCAUCACUACCAGGGCAUCAGAAGAAAAAUGCGGCCCGGACGGAUCCUGGGCUUCGUCAUCAGCUUGGUGGUGGUCUGCACAGUCUGCUCUUGGAGUGCCUUGUCACUGGUCACAACGAUGGCCAGGGAUCUGGAAUCAGCUGAUGAGGGCUCAGCAGAGGCAGCAGUGCCCCAAAGAACACUUCUACAGCACCAUAACCUUUCAAUCGCAACACAGGACACACCGAUAGCCAUGAAAUCAUCUGAAGAAGAGAUGAACCACGGGGACUACCCAACGGACUUAUUCAGCGUGGAUGACAGACGCCAGGGAUUCGUGGUGCUUCAUAUGUUUGGCAUGUUGUACAUGUUCAUAGCCUUAGCUAUUGUCUGUGAUGAGUUCUUUGUCCCCGCACUCACGGUCAUCACAGAGAAGCUGGAGAUCUCGGAUGAUGUAGCAGGAGCCACCUUCAUGGCAGCAGGUGGCUCAGCCCCAGAACUCUUUACCUCUGUCAUAGGAGUCUUCGUCUCCCACAGUAAUGUAGGUAUUGGUACCAUUGUGGGUUCUGCUGUCUUCAACAUUUUGUUUGUGAUUGGGAUGUGCGCCCUGUUCUCCAAAGAGGUGCUGAACCUCACCUGGUGGCCUCUGUUCAGAGACGUCUCCUUCUAUAUCAUUGGCUUGCUCAUGCUCAUCUAUUUCUUUUUGGAUAAUGAGAUUUCAAUCGGAGAGAGUAUCAGCCUGCUGUCAUGCUACACCUGCUACGUGACUUUCAUGAAGUUUAACGCCAAGGUAGAACUUGUCAUCAAGAGGCUUCUGGGAGGAAACCAGGUGGACGAGCUGGAGACUGCACCAAGGGUAAAUGCUCCUGAGGGUGAUGAGAACAAGCUGACGGCCAAACCCAGGUUACAAAGGGAAGGGAGCUGUGCCUCUCUUCACAACUCACUGAUGAGAAACAGUAUCUUCCAGCUCAUGAUACACACCCUCGACCCCCUCAGUGAUGAAGGACGUUUCAAAGAGAAGGCAUCAAUCCUUCACAAAAUGGCCAAGCAGAAGUGUAAAGAUGAGGCCGCCAAUGCCAAUGGUGUGGGAGCCCUCUCGCAGACACAACCUCCAAGAGGACAUUCUGAUAAAAACAUCCCUAACAGUUCAAACGUCGCCGUGGAAGUCACGCCGCCCAUGAACGGUGUUGUUGCAGGAGACGGGGAUGGUGAUGAAGAGGAGGAUGAAGACCAGCCUCUGAGCCUCGCCUGGCCUGACACCAUCAGGAAACAAAUAACCUACCUCGUGAUUCUGCCCAUCGUCUUCCCGCUGUGGCUGUCACUGCCCGACGUCAGGAGAGAGACCUCAGCAAAGUUCUUCCCCAUCACGUUCCUUGGCGCCAUUGGUUGGAUUGCUUUCUUCUCCUACCUGAUGGUGUGGUGGGCUCACCAGGUUGGAGAAACUUUCUAUAUCACAGAGGAGAUCAUGGGUCUAACCAUCCUAGCAGCCGGCACCUCCAUCCCUGACCUGAUCACCAGUGUGAUCGUGGCUCGAAAAGGCCUCGGUGACAUGGCCGUGUCCAGCUCGGUGGGCUCCAACAUCUUUGACAUCACAGUUGGGCUGCCGUUCCCCUGGCUGGUCUACAACAUCCUCAAUGACUUCAAGCCCGUCCAGGUGAGCAGCAACGGUCUGUUCUGCGCCAUUGUCCUCCUUUUCCUCAUGCUCCUCUUCGUCAUCAUUUCCAUCGCUGCAUGCAAGUGGAGGAUGAGCAAGUUUCUGGGUCUCUUCAUGUUCCUGCUGUACUUCGUCUUCCUCGUGAUCAGCGUCAUGCUGGAGGAUAAAAUCAUUGUCUGCCCCGUCACCGUCUGA